UGCGGAUUCCGGGAUGCAAUACGCAUCCAGAUGAAAAGAACUACAGUCCUUUCGCUAAUCCUUGUCUAUCCUUUUUAUCUUGGGACUCAUAGCAGUCUGAUCACUAUGGGACAGCGAAGCGGUGGGACAAAGCCUACCAAAGGAUGAUAUUCCGGUAAAUUAGAUAUUCAGAUCUCUUUGGCUUCAGUGGGCGCUGACUGGAUGCAUGCAGACUAGCUGUGCAGUCUGCAGAUAAAUGUGGGCCAAAAUGUUCCUUGUGUUCUUCCUGGGACUCUACCUGGCGACAGGUGCGUUUCCCUCCUCGGUGAGUGCGUGCCCGUCACAGUGCAGCUGUUUCUUUCACAACCUAAGUGAUGGAUCUAAGGCCAGGAGUGUCAUUUGCAAUGACCCUGAGAUCUCCCUUGUGCCUGCCAAUUUCCCCGUGGACACGUCCAAGCUGCGUAUCGAGAAAACAGCCAUCCAACGGAUCCCAAGUGAAGCCUUCAACUACCUCCGAAAUCUGGAGUUCCUUUGGAUGUCCUUUAACGUGCUGUCCGCUCUCAACUCGGACAGUUUCCGUGGGCUGCUAGAUCUGGAGGAGCUGAGACUGGAUGGGAAUGCCCUCACUUCUUUCCCCUGGGAGUCUCUUAUGGAUAUGUCCAGCCUCAGGCUGCUGGACUUGCACAACAACCGGUUGACCUCAGUUCCCGCAGACGCCACAAUGUAUAUAAAAAACCUGACCUACCUGGAUCUGUCCAGCAACAACCUUCUGACUGUCCCGGCCGAGGUGCUAGCCACUUGGCUAACAGUUAAAUCUUCGCAUGGCCCAGAUAGCUCCAAAAUGAUACUUGGUCUCCAUGACAACUCCUGGGUGUGUGACUGCCGCCUGUACGACCUGAUCCAGUUCCAGAAGUCGCCAGCGCUCUUCGUGGCAUUAAUCGACACGCGCCUCCGCUGCUCCGCCCCCGAGAGCCUGUCAGGUGUUCUGUUCAGCGAUGCCGAGGUGCGGAGGUGCCAGGCGCCGCGCAUUCACACAGCAGUGGCGCGAGUCCGCAGCGCCUUGGGAAACAAUGUGCUUCUGCGCUGCGGGACCAUCGGCAUUCCCAGUCCUGAUCUGGCCUGGCGGAGGGCGGAUGGGAAAGCCCUGAAUGGGACAGUCCAGCAGGAGAACUCCAAGGAAGGCAUCGUCUGGUCAAUCCUCAGUGUCCCGGCCGUGUCCUACCGUGACACAGGGAAGUAUGUCUGCAAGGCCAAUAACUACGCCGGCAAUGCCGAGGCCGUCAUCUCCCUAGUUAUCUCUGAAGCACCCCCAAAACCCGACAACAACAACAACCUAACCAGCGUGGUUGCUGCUGCCGUAAAAAAAAACAAAGUCAAGAAACCCAAUGGGAUAGGGAAAGCAGCAUACCAGGAGAAACUGGUGGCUAGGGUAGGGGUUCCCACCACCAGCCCUCCACCCCCACUUGUUGUGUUGGACUCCAGCCCUGUGCCUGAGGGUGUGGGGAGUGUGGCAGAUAGAGCCAUCCCUGGACCAACCACUUUGCCUAGUCCAGACGGACUCCUGGAGCUGGAGAAAACCAACCUGAGCAACCUGGCCCAGGCCCAGUAUGACCCGGACCGGAUAGUUCGCUCUGUCAAGGUGUUGGGCGACACAGAGAACACCAUCACCCUGAACUGGCGGGCACCCAAGGCCAAGAACACCACAGCUUUCAGCGUGCUCUACGCUGUCUUCGGUGAGCGGGACAUGCGCAAGAUCAAUGUGGCGGCGGGCCAGAAUCGAGUCUUCAUCGAGGGCCUGGUACCCAAGACCAAGUACAUUGCUUGCGUUUGCGUCCGGGGCCUGAUCCCCAAGAAGGAGCAAUGCGUCAUCUUCUCAACCGAUGAGGCGGCCAGCGCAGCCGGCACCCAGAAGCUCAUCAACGUCAUCGUGAUCACGGUGGCGUGCGUCAUCGCCGUGCCGCUCACCGUCAUUGUGUGCUGUGGCGCACUCAAGAGGCGCAUCCAGAAGAUGUGGGGCAAGAAGUCCAAGGACAUCCAGGAUUCGUACGUGACUUUUGAGACGCUGUCCCCCGGGACCAAGGCUAAAGGGUUGGAUGGUGAGUACCUGACCAAACUCAACCCUGAGGAGUCCAACCGACUGCUGUCGGCCCGCUCCAGUCUGGACUCAGAGGCCACGGCUAAGAUAGAGGGACAGCCCAACGAGUACUUCUGCUGAUAUCAUGCUCCACCUCCCUCCCCAUGCUUAUCACCCCCGCUCACACACUCUGGCUCAACACAGCCCCACACACACACACCUCAUCUACAGCAUAGCCCCACACACACACACCUCAUCUACAUCAUAGCCCCACACACAUGUCUCAUUCUCACACACCUCACUCUCAUCACAUCCCCACGCAGACGCCUUAUGCUCACCACAGCCCAAUACAUACACCUCGUGCUCACCAUAGCCCCACACACAAACCUUGUCCCCACAUACCUAAUCCUUUCUCUCAACCUCAAAUUCAGCAAAGUCCCACAGACACAUUUCCUCAUCACCACAGCACAGCCCCAUACACAAACCUCACACUCUCCCUGAGGUUCACCACAGCCCCACACACACACCUUGUCGAAAUGCUCACACUCACCACAGUCCCACACACACACCUUGCUGUCUCCCUUUCACUUACGGUAGCCCCACACACAUAUCUGGUUCUCUCCCUUUCUCUCACCUUAGCCGCCCACAAACACACUCACACAGGGCACAGGACUCUCUCCCACCUCUCCACCCACGUUGGGCUCCACCACAUUGGGGGUUCUAUCAGAUGACGCUUGGACAAUGCACCAUCAUGGAAAUAUCAGUUCUGACAUUAAAUUAUUAAUAUUUUUUUUUACAUCUGAAAUGUAUAGUAUUUCAACAGAGAAUUUGAAUAUUGUAAUGAGUUUUUACACAUUUGGGGGACUAUUAGUUAUAAAUGAGCCCACAAACAAGGCCCCCGAGUAUUUCAUUCAAAUACAUUUAUCAUAGAUAAAGGACAAUUCCACCCCUUUAUCAACAUUUAUUAUGCUGUUAGUACAUAUGCACUACUGUAAGAUUUCAUACACAUUGUGAUGAUCUGUCGUUUUUGUUAGUCAUACUGCAUGAUUUCUAGUUUUUGUCAUUUUGAAGCUUCUGCAUUGCCCUCGUCUACAGCAUUCUACAAUUCCCAGGGUGCAUUUUGUCUCCCAUGAUGCAAUGCUUUGCCUAGUUAGCCUGUAGUUAGUUUAGCUAGCUUGCUAUUAAGCCCAGAUGCAUCUUAGUCUAAAUACAUUGCCUAUGUCAUAAGUUACGAUUGCAUUUCACAUCACUUUUGGGUUGUAAAUAUAUUAUAAUGCUUGCCUGAAUGUCAUAAGGGCCGAUUCCGACCAGAGUAAGCGCGCAUAAAUAUUCCCUUACACUUUACCCGCCCCCCACUCUAGAAUAAAAAAAUAUACUUUGGGGUACAUAAUCUGUUAGACAAAAUUGUCAUAGUUACAAAUCAGGUCACCCUACCAAACUUCCCUGCUAAAACAUACCGUAGGUCUGUCUGCUGCCUUUUCGUUGGCUUUUAGGCUGUGACAAUGUCCACACGAGGGGACUAAUGCAAGUGUGGAUUACAUUUACAUUAGUGCUUGCUGUCAAAAGGCUGCAUUCUGAAAUAUGGACGGGAGCAACAGCAAUCUUUUGAGGAUAAUACAGUGCCACCAACGGGGCCCACUACCAUGGACUGCGGGCCCCCCUCUCCUUCUCCGUGGCCGACGUGAGUCAGACAUUUAAACGUGUUAACACUCGCAAGGCU